AUGGUAGGAGCAAAAGCAAAGGUCGCCCCUAUCAAAACACUGUCCAUUCCGCGUCUGGAGCUACAAGCUGCGGUACUAGGGACGAGAUACGCACAGUUUGUUGUUGAGAACCACCAAGUACCCAUUCAACAACGAUACUUCUGGACCGAUUCCUCGACUGUUCUGCAUUGGAUCAAUUCAGAUUCCAGAAAGUACCGCCCAUACGUAGCUUGCAGAAUUGGCGAAAUUGUAACAACUACUGAUCCCAGUGAGUGGAGGAAGGUGCCAUCAGCUGAGAACGUCGCCGACAAAGCAACAAAAUGGGGCAACGGUCCUUGUUUUAAUCCUGAAGAUACUUGGUUCCAAGGUCCAAAGUUUCUUUGGGAAUCUGAAGAAUUCUGGCCCGAGCAAAACUGGAAAGGAACAGAAACAACAGCUGAAUUGCGGGUGGUUCUGGUCAACCAUCGUUUAAUCAACGAGCCUGUGAUCGACAUUUCCCGUUUUUCGAAGUGGGAAAAACUGCACAGAACAAUGGCCUAUAUCCUGAAGUUUGGAGACAAAAGGAGUGGAACUAAAACGACGGAGCUAUUGAUCAGCUCAGAGCUGAGCAGAAGUAAAGCUGUGGAAGAUCGUUCAAUCAGAAGCAUUUCCUGGAGCGAUAGCAGCGUUGCAAAACACAAAGCCUUCGGGAGCGGUGCCAAUUACUACCAUCGUCGACUCCAUCAUCGAAACCAAGAAACGGUGGUCAACGAAAUUCGUCAAGUAGCUUACAUCCCAACCCUGCGACGACUGGUCCGUAAGGUAGCAGCAAGAUGUCAAAUGUGUAAGGUGUACAAUGCAUCGCUCACCUCACCCAAGAUGGGCCCACUACCCAGGGCCAGGGUGGAAGCUUUUGUUCGUCCAUUUACCUACACCGGCCUGGAUUAUUUUGGACCGCUUCUCGUCAAGGUGGGCCGCAGUCACGUAAAGAGGUGGGUGGCCCUAUUUACGUGUUUGACAACCCGUGCCAUUCACAUGGAAGUAUCUCACAGCAUGUCGGCAAUGUCCUGCAAGAUGUGCAUCCGUAGAUUUAUUUCAAGAAGAGGUGCACCGGCCGAGAUAUACUCGGAUAAUGGUACCAAUUUUCGUGGUGCUGCCAAUGAGCUACAAGAACAGAUUCUACUUGCCAAUCGAUAUUGCGCUGAAACGUUUACGAACACGACAACUAAAUGGUAUUUUAAUCCACCGGCGGCACCCCACAUGGGUGGGGUGUGGGAAAGACUUGUCCGGUCAGUCAAGGUUGCCAUACAGUCAAUGACCUCCGUUCCAAAAGUACCCGAUGACGAGACGUUUGAAACGAUGAUCUCGGAAGCCGAGAGUAUGAUCAAUUCCAGGCCUCUCACGUACAUCCCAUUGGAUUGUGCUGGACAAGAAGCAUUGACGCCCAAUCAUUUCUUGUUGGGUAGUUCUAGUGGAGUGAAGCAACCACCAGCAGAUCCGACGAAAGCUACAGAAUGCCUGCGCAAUAACUGGAAUCUUAUCAGGCAUGCAUUGGACGGGUUUUGGACAAGAUGGCUACGCGAGUACUUGCCCACAAUUACUAGGCGCACCAAAUGGUUUCGAGACACCAAACCAAUCGAAGUUGGAGACUUGGUCUUCAUAGCUAACGAGCAAAAACGAAAUACAUGGGUUCGAGGUCAAGUCAUUGAAGUCGUCAGAGGUAAGGACGGGGUUGCCAGACAAGCAUUGGUACGCACAGAAAUGGGAGUCAUCCGGCGCCCAGUGGUGAAGCUCGCCGUUAUUGAAGUAGCAGAAAAUGAACAGCAACAACAAUCUUUCCAAGACUCCAAUGAACGGCAAAUGGCAUCAGAACAUCUACAACAACAACAAAAUCAACAAUCCCAGCAAGACGUGACCAAUAAUGCAAUCAUGGACCUGUUUGCAGAGCGUCGUGCCAAGUUCUCUAAAUUGAGCAACGAAGCUCAAUCGAAAAAAGACCUUUCUUCCGCUGAACCACCUAUUCAAAAAGAACAACAUCAACCAGAAAACUAUCAACAGUCACAAAGCCAACAACAACAACAACAACAGCCAGCACAACUUUCUUGCAGCAGUGAAAGCCGACUUCAAAUGGAUAUCGAGCACCCUCCUCUGCUGGACCCAAUGCGACCACCUAUAAUGCUGAUGAUUUCUGCGCUCCAAUCACUGAUAUCUCUGCUUCCACGGGCAAUAAUAAUAAAACUGCAUCCGCUGCUCGCAUUUCCAAUGCCACCACUUCCGCACAACCACCGUCCGAUCAAGCCAAAUCCGUUCAAGCCGCCUCCGCCCAAACCACCUCCGAUCAAGCCACCACCGCUCAAGCCACCACCGUUCAAGCCCCCACCGUUCAAGCCCCCACCGUUCAAGCCACCUCCGCUCAAGCCACCGCCGUUCAUGCUACCACCGCUCAAGCCACCCACGGUAAAGCCACCUUUGCUGCUGUUGUUGCCACAUCCAACAACCAAGUAUCCCCAAGCAUCAGGAGUCGAUCGAUUAGCACCGAUAACGCAACAGCAUCAUCGUUUCCAGCCACAUCAAUGA